AUGGCUCUCCCGUGCCGUGGCGCAACCCCGUGUCUGCUCGUGUCGCUCCUGCUCCUCUCCCUCACCGUCUUGCGGAUCCACGCGCGCCACGGCCCCGAGAUAACCGUUGCGGACGCCGCUAAGCCGCAUUCCCGCAGCGGCAUUCCCACUGGGGAUCGUGUCGCAAUUUCCCACCGCCGGCAGGCGCAGUCACCUGAGGUCGGAGCAUCCGGAGAGCGACAGCACGACGCCUCCGCGAGCAGCAGUCGCGGAGGGGGGACGGCCAGAACGACGGGCGCGGGGAGCAAUGACGGCGCGGUGGAGUCGAUAGCGGAGUGGAAGCGGCGAUCAGCGGAAGCGGGCGCGCACUACUUCCCCCUGCAGCGCGCGGAAGACGCCCCCAGCAGGGACGAGCUGCACCGCCGGAUUCUCGUGAGCAACGGGGGGCGGGCGGGAGGGUUGAGGGCUGCUCAGGAAGUCGCUGCUCGAGUUAUGGGGGAAGGCUUGAAGGACAAAGGGAAGUCAGGCAAGGCAUCGCAGGUGCGUGAGCGCACACUGGACAGACGCUGCCACUACUACUUUACAGACUGGAAUCGUCUCGUCUCAUCUCACAUGGGCUGUCUGUCCCACCUACCUGCUUGCUGGUCGCUUGCAUGCAUCACUGCUUGCGUGCAGAGGAAGGGGUAUCCUUUGCCGCUCAUGGCGUAUGACAGCACGCUGCUCUCAACGGCCAACGGCACAAUGGGCAACACCAUGGUCAACUACAGCACCUUCUCCAGCUCCAUUGUAGAGGACUACAAUUUUCACCUCCCCGUGUAUCCGUACUACGUGGCGCUCAAGCUGGGGUCGCAGAAGCAGGAGUUCAGCAUGGCGCUCAACCUCGCUGUCCCGGACACCUUCGUGCCCUGCGACUGCCUGCACUGCGCCUCCAUGUGCAAGGGGACCACCACAAGCAAGCCCUUCAGCACGCUCGCCUCCACAACCCUCAAGUACAUCUCCUGCAAGAACCAGCGCUGCCAGACGGGCAUGGACACAAAGUACGGCUGCAACACGGAAGGGUAUCGCAACUACAUCAACACUACGGGCUUUCUGCCUGGCGACGAUGCCCUGUGCGUGUACAGUGGAUGGGAAGGACCGUUCGACUACUAUGAAGCUGACGGUAAUGCAGACGUGUACCUUCAGUCGCUGGGGCAUGUGAUGGAGGACACCGUCUACCUCACUGCACCUGACGGUACCGAAGUCAACCGCUCCAUCAUUCUUGGCUGUGGAAUGUACCAGCAGGGCUACUGGGGCAUGCAGGGGUGGCAGUACGGCUCGUGGGCAGCAGGAGGCGUGUUGGGGCUGGGGUGGAACAGCCCCUUCCUCUAUCAGCUCACCGGCCUUAAUGAACCAAGCGCCUUGGCCGUGUGUUUGGAGGCCACCCCCACCAACGAGACGGGAUGGGAUGGCAAGGUGCCGCUGAAGACAGGCAGCAGCCAUCUCACCAUCGGAGCCACCGGCCUCCCUGCCGGCGCCAGCUAUGCCACCUUGCUACAAAAGACCGGGAUGCAGUACAGCCACAUAACACUCACCACGCCCACACGCGCCCUCAACAUCACGGACGACCGCACCAAGACAGGGGGGUCUCCUUACCUGCCUGAUGACUUCCCUGAGAACGCCACGCCGGGGUUCCUCUUCAUGCCCGAGUCCUUCGUGCACAUGCUGCGCUACCCCCUCCUCAGCGACCUCCUCGACAAGUCGGGUGAGCCCAGUGCGCUGGCAGGCAGGCGAGCAGAUGCACAGCCAGGAGAAGGAAGCAACGAGAACAAGGAGGUGGAUCCGUUCACCACCUUCCCCACCAUCGACAUUGCUUUUUUUCUCUCCAGACAACACCACCUCCCACUUCUAUCUCAAGCCGCGCGAGUACCUCGCCCAGGUUUUGCCUUCAGAAGAAUACUGCAUUCUGGCCACAUUUCUUCCCAACGAAUUGAACUACGUCAGCUACAUUGGAG